AUGCCAUUUAUUAAUGAAUAUGGUGACAAAUAUUAUUGGAAGGAACAAUUAGAUUUUGAAUAUGAUCAAUAUACGGUAUUUUCUCAUAAUCGUUCGAAUUUACAAUCUUGGUUAGAUGAUAAAAAAAAUACGUUUGAUUCUAUAAUGAAAUAUGCUAAAGAUAAACAAGAAUUGAAAGAAUUGAAAGAAAGGGAGAAUACCCUUUCUUUUUUCUUUGAUUAUCAUCAUGAUUAUUUCCUUCCUUCUCUUCCUUCUUACUAUUGGCCAUUACCUUUAUUACCUAGGAUCUAUAAUGACGAUGAGUUACUACAACCUAGAAGACGUCGUCGUGUAAAUUCGG